UCCCGCCGCCCUGGGUCACCUUCUCACGGGCUGGCACCGGCGCGCAGGUGCUUUUCGACACCGACCGGAGAGACCCCGCGCCCAGCCCUGUCGGGGGGGCCAGGUGCCACGGCCGAGGGGCAGGGCUGAGGCCUCCGCGAGCCCCCUGGCCGGUCCCGGGGGCGGUGCUUUGCGCGCUGGCCCCCGGGGCUCCUCCCCUCUCUGCGGGCUCAGUCGCCUUUUGGCCAGGCAAGUUAAUCACCGCGGCCCAAUGACGACAGGCCCGACCUUUCCCGCCCAGGACCCAGAGAGACAACCGAGGGGGAGCCCGAGGCGGUUUCACUGCUGUGGCCGCUGCAGCAACAGCUCCCCAGCUCCCCAGACACCAGUCCACCUCGGCUUUCCCCAGCGCCUGGCCCUCCGAGACGGCACCUAACAACGGGCGCCCGCAUCUGGACUUCGCUGGUGAGAUACUUUGUAUCCGAAGGCUCAGGACCCAGGACCACCGAGGUCGCUGGGACGCAGGAACUAGGGAACAUGGGAACUGGAGUCCCUGCCUCGGAGCAGACCAGCUGUGCCAAAGGGGAUCCACAGGUUUAUUGCCCUGGAGAUACUGGAAGCACUGAGGCCGUACAAGUUACAGACAGCAAAAGCCCUGAGGUCAGUCGACCACAAAAUGACCGGGGCAACCACAAUCAGGACGACUCUGGACAGCUGAUGGCUUCCUAUGAGGGUAAAGCUAAGGGCUACAAAGUGCCUCCCUUUGGCUGGCGCAUCUGCUUGGCUCAUGAGUUUGCAGAGAAGAGGAAACCCUUUAAUGCCAACAACAUCUCCCUAAGCAACCUGAUAAAGCAUCUGGGCAUGGGCCUUCGGUACUUGCAGUGGUGGUACCGGAAGACCCAGGUGGAGAAGAAGACACCUUUCAUCGACCUCAUCAAUUCUGUACCCCUGAGACAGAUCUAUGGUUGUCCCUUGGGUGGCAUUGGGGGAGGCACUAUCACCCGAGGCUGGAGAGGCCAGUUCUGUCGUUGGCAGCUUAAUCCUGGAAUGUACCAGCACCAGACAGUCAUCGCUGACCAAUUCACAGUGUGCUUGCGCCGGAAAGGGCAGACAGUGUACCAGCAAGUCCUGUCUGUGGAGCGCCCAAGUGUCCUGCGCAGCUGGAACUGGGGUCUGUGUGGCUACUUUGCAUUCUACCACGCCCUCUAUCCCCGAGCCUGGACUGUCUAUCAGCUUCCUGGCCAGAAUGUCACCCUCACCUGCCGCCAGAUCACACCCAUCUUGCCCCAUGACUACCAGGACAGCAGCCUUCCUGUAGGAGUUUUUGUGUGGGAUGUGGAAAAUGAAGGGGACGAAGCCCUGGAAGUGUCCAUCAUGUUCUCCAUGCGGAAUGGACUUGGGGAUGGAGAUGAUGCCUCAGGGGGCUUGUGGAACGAGCCCUUCUGUCUGGAGCGUGAUGGGGAGACUGUUCAGGGACUGCUGCUGCAUCAUCCAGCCCUUCCAAAUCCCUACACCAUGGCUGUGGCUGCACGACUCACAGCAGAGACCACGGUAACUCAUGUCACAGCCUUUGACCCUGAUGGCACUGGGCAGCAGGUGUGGCAAGAUCUACUCCAGGAUGGACAGCUGGACUCCCCUGCUGGGCAAAGCACCCCCUCACAGAAGGGAGUAGGCAUCGCUGGGGCUGUGUGUGUCAUGGGCAAGCUGCCGCCUCGAGGCCGGUGCCAACUGGAGUUCUCACUGGCUUGGGACAUGCCCAGAAUCAUGUUUGGAGCUAAGAGCCAAGUCUAUUACAGGCGGUACACAAGGUUUUUUGGCCCAGAUGGUGAUGCUGCCCCAGCCCUUAGCCACUAUGCACUGUGCCAAUACGCAGACUGGGAAGAGAAGAUCUCGGCUUGGCAGAGCCCGGUACUGGAUGACAGAUCCUUGCCUGCCUGGUACAAAUCUGCACUGUUCAAUGAACUAUACUUCCUGGCUGAUGGAGGCACAGUCUGGCUAGAAGUUCCUGAGGACUCCUUGCCAGAGGAGCUGGUGGAGAGCAUGUGUCAGCUCCGCCCCAUCCUACGAGAGUAUGGCCGAUUUGGCUACCUUGAAGGCCAGGAAUAUCGCAUGUACAACACGUACGAUGUUCACUUCUAUGCUUCCUUCGCCCUCGUCAUGCUCUGGCCCAAACUCGAGCUCAGUCUGCAGUAUGACAUGGCUCUGGCCACUCUCAGUGAGGACCUGACCCGGCGACGGUACCUGAUGAGUGGGGUAGUGGCACCUGUGAAAAGGAGGAACGUCAUCCCCCAUGAUAUUGGAGACCCAGAUGAUGAGCCAUGGCUCCGGGUCAAUGCAUAUGUGGUCCACGAUACUGCUGACUGGAAGGACCUGAACCUGAAGUUUGUGCUGCAGGUUUAUCGGGACUAUUACCUCACUGGUGAUCAGGUCUUCCUCAGAGACAUGUGGCCUGUGUGUCUGGCGGUGAUGGAGUAUGAAAUGAAGUUUGACAAGGACCAAGAUGGACUCAUUGAGAAUGGAGGCUAUGCAGACCAGACCUAUGAUGGAUGGGUCACCACGGGCCCCAGUGCUUACUGUGGAGGACUGUGGCUGGCAGCUGUGGCUGUGAUGGUCCAGAUGGCUGCUCUAUGUGGAGUACAGGACAUCCAGGAUAAGUUUUCUUCCAUCCUUAGCCGGGGCCAAGAAGCCUACGAGAGACUGCUAUGGAAUGGCCGCUAUUACAACUAUGACUGCAGCCCUCUGCCUCAGGCCUGUAGCAUCAUGUCUGACCAGUGUGCUGGCCAGUGGUUCCUAAGGGCCAGUGGCCUAGGAGAAGGAGACACGGAGGUAUUCCCUACCCCACAUGUGGUCUGUGCUCUCCAAACCAUCUUCGAGUUCAAUGUCCAGGCCUUUGCAGGAGGAGCCAUGGGGGCUGUGAAUGGGAUGCAGCCCCAUGGUGUCCCCGAUAGAUCUAGUGUACAGUCUGAUGAAGUCUGGGUGGGUGUGGUCUACGGGCUGGCAGCCACCAUGAUCCAGGAGGGCCUCACCUGGCAGGGCUUCCAGACAGCUGAGGGCUGCUACCGUACUGUGUGGGAGCGCCUGGGCCUGGCCUUUCAGACCCCCGAGGCAUACUGCCAGCAGCGGGUAUUCCGCUCGCUGGCCUACAUGCGGCCACUGAGCAUCUGGUCCAUGCAGCUGGCCCUGCAGCAGCAGCAGCAGCAGCAGAAAAAGGCCUCCAGGCCAACUGCCAAAUGGGGCACAGGACGAAGCACCAGGCCUGAAUGUGGACCAAAGGAAACCAUAGCAAACCUGAGCCCAGAGUCUCCUGCAACCCUGAGCCACCAGGACAAUCACACCCCUUCCCUUCUCACCACUCAACUGCACCAGUAAAGAGGGGUUGAGGGUGACCCAAGCAUCAAAAUUACUUAUUUAUUUCUUUGCUCACCCCAUUCCUUCUCAAUGCAUGAAAUGCUCAAGGAGGUCAGUUAAUUCCCUAGGUUGAUUCAUGGGUAAAGAAACAUACACAGGUAGAAAUAAAAGACCCAGAAAGCCG